UCGGGAAUAGAGGGAGUGAAUUAGGUAUAAAUAUAUAACGCUGCAGGCUUGAGCAUCAAAUUCUGCUGCCAUCCACAGCACAGCAAGAACCUCUGGCCAGAAGAAAAGUUCCAUCAUGAAGUGGUUAUCUGCAACAGUAUUCCUCUUGGGUCUAAUCAUCUGUCUAUCAGAAACUCUUUCAAUGGACAGGAUCAAAGAGCACUUUCCAGUGCACAGAGACAGGCGUAUGGUUGGAGGAUCUCUGGCCAAAACCCACGUUCCCUGGCAGGCCAUGGUGUACCUCAGCAAGAAUAUUCUGGAUGGUGGCUUUGCUGGAGGAGCUCUGAUCGCACCCCAGUGGAUUCUGACUGCGGGCAGAAACCUCUUCGUGAGGAAGACUCGAGAACACACAAAGGGAAAAGAGCCUCUAAUUCCAAAAGUCUACCUUGGGAUCAUCCGAAGUGCCGAUGCUGGUCCCUCUACUGAAGUGGAGGUGGAGAAGGUAUUCCUACACCCAGGCUUCCAGAACACCUCAGACUGGGACAAUGACCUUGCCCUGAUCCAGCUGAAGAAGCCGGUGACCUUCAACGACAAAGUCUUCCCCAUCCCUCUGCCUGAGCACGGAGAGGACCUAGCUGAGAAAGAGGGAGAGAGGGGCAUCAUUGCCGGAUGGGGCUGGGGCGUGCUUUUCACUCCCGCUGAAAUACUGAAGUUCCUCCCUCUGCCUGUGGUCAAGUGCCAGGGGGAGUACUCAUCUAAGGUCGCAGAAAGCGUUCCAACUGUGGACGAGAACAUGUUCUGCACAGGACCCAGCAAUUUAUUGGAGAACGUUUGCUUUGGAGAUGCAGGAGGUGCUCUCGCCUUCCUUGAAACCAAAACCAACAGAGUUUACGCUGCUGGCAUCCUUUCAUUCGACAAGGCAUGCAACGUAGAGCAGAAAGCUGUUUACAUGAAGAUCUCGGCCUACCUGCCCUGGAUCCACAGCGUCAUGAGGGGAGAUUCAGAGAAGUUUUCUUCUCUCCGUGCCUCACUCAUGAUGGAUAUGUAUACAAGAAAACCAUAGAUGAACUGUACAAAAUUUGUAUUUUUAAUGCCAGUAAACUGCUUUUCUCAAGACGUU